AUGCGGUUUGGCAAGGCCCACGGCGACACCAGCACGCCUCCCGAGGCUGAAGAGGGCCCCCACUACACGACGCGCCUGGAGUUCGACGCGAAGCCGCCGUCGUUGGGGGCGAGGAUACGCCGCCACUGGUUCCUCAAAGGGUACUCGGAGAGGCCCCGCUACAUGCAACAGAUCUACAACAAGACCCCGCGGCGGGUGUUUGUCAACAUGGACGUCCCCGACGACAUGCGGGACCCCGAGGGAGAGCCGUUGACCCACUACCCGCCCAACAAGAUCCGCACCACCAAGUAUACCCCGGUGACGUUUUUGCCGAAAAACAUCCUUUUCCAGUUCACCAACGUCGCCAACGUCUACUUCCUCAUUUUGAUCAUCCUCGGGGCGUUUUCGAUCUUUGGCGUCGACUCCCCCGGGUUGGCGGCGGUGCCCCUUAUCGUCAUCGUCUGUAUUACCGCCGCCAAGGACGCGUUCGAGGACUACCGCCGGGCGGUGCUGGACUCCGAGCUCAACAACCUGCCGGUGCAUUUGCUUCUAGGCCUCCCCAACCCCAACACCGACGAGUAUAAGGAGACCCGCUGGGAGCGGUUCCUGAACCGGGUGCUGCGGGCGACGGCGCGGUUCUGGAACAAGUGCCAGAAGCUAUUUAUCCGCAUCUUCUUCUCGGAGAAGGCAAAGCAAAAGCACGCCGACAAAGAGCAGAAACAAGAAGAUUUGGCCCUCCAGACAAUGGCCACCGUCGACCUGGAGGUGACCCCGAGACCGCUGGGGGUGUUCCGCCGCCUGCGCGACUUCCCCCGCCACCUGCGCGAUAAGCGCCACCUGCAAUUGCUGCCGUUGCGGACGCUUUCCCCGUCCAACCGUGCUUCCAGCGACCGCCGCCGCUCCGGCGACCCCCGACCGCUGAUGAUGCUGUCACGGCUGCGCAUCCACCCCACCAAAGUGGUGCCCCACUCCAUCGUGUCCCCCGAGCUUGUAGAGGCCAACGGCGACCACUCCAACGUCACCAAAUUCAAAAACCGCAAGUGGAAAGACAUCACUGUGGGGCUGUUUGUCCGUAUCCGCAACGACGAGGAAGUGCCCGCCGAUAUCAUUGUCAUCUCCACCUCCGACAUCGACGGUAAGUGCCUUGUGGAAACCAAGAACUUAGACGGGGAAACCAACUUAAAGACGAAGACGUGCUUGCCCUGCGGCGGGCUGAAGGUGAUCAAGCACCUGACCGAUUUCGGCAACGUCCGCUUCUGGGUCGAGCUCGACGCCCCCAACCCCAACUUAUACAACUUUAGAGGCACCAUCCACUACGAGAACUGGGACCACGGCACCCUCGUCAACCCCGACCAGAGAGACCCCAUCACCAACGACAACGUGUUGUUGAGAGGGUCGGCCCUUCGCAACACCGACUGGGUGAUCGGGCUCGUGGUGUACACGGGGUCGGAGACGAAGAUCAUGCUUAAUUCGGGUAUUACUCCUUCGAAAAAGCUGCGCAUCCAGCAGGAACUCAACUUGCUGGUGGUGAUCAACUUCCUCCUUUUGUUUGUCCUUUGCUUUGUCUCUGGUUUAGUCAACGGGCUUUACUAUAAUAACAAGAGGGGGCUGCGCCAUUGGUACGAAGGUGAACCCUACCUGCCGACGUCGGCGGGUAACGGGGUGGUGGCGUUCUUCGUGGCGUUGAUCAUGUACCAGUCAUUAGUGCCAAUCUCCCUUUACAUCUCGGUGGAAAUCAUCAAAACGUGUCAGGCGUACUUUAUUCAUGUUGACAACAAGAUGUACUACCAGCCGCUUGACUUUGCCUGUGUCCCUAAGCUGUGGUCCAUCUCCGACGAUUUGGGCCAGAUCGAGUACAUUUUCUCCGAUAAAACGGGGACAUUGACCCAAAACGUCAUGGAGUUCAAAAAGUGUACCAUUGCUGGCAAGCUGUACGGUUUAGCAUACACUGAGGCCAAGCAGGGGAUGGACCGCCGCGCCGGGGUAGACAUCGUCACCGAAGCCGACCGCUGGCGCCGUCUUAUCGCCAAGGAUAAGGAAGUGAUGGAAGAGCGGCUCCAGGAUUUGGGCCCCAACCCGCAGUACGACGAAGCCACCGCCACGUUCGUGUCGCUGGAGUAUGUCGACGACGUGCUUGCCCAGGGGCCCCAGUGCUCCAACAACGAGCACUUUAUGCUUGCGUUGGCGUUGUGCAACACCAUUAUUGCCACCCGUGACGACGACGGCCACUUGCACUACGAGGCCGAGUCUCCCGACGAAGCGGCGUUGGUGGCGGCCGCCCGCGACGUGGGGAUCGUGUUCACUCAACGGCGCCGCGACCGCGUCAUUUUGACCAUAUACGGCAACACCGUCGAGUACACCGUGCUCGAUAUCAUCCCGUUCACGUCGCUGAGAAAGCGGAUGUCGGUUAUCGUCAAAACUCCUGAUAACCGCAUCCUUUUGAUCUGUAAAGGGGCGGAUAACGUCAUCUACGAACGGCUCAGCGGCGGCCAGGCCAAUCCGGAAAAACUCUUGCAAAAGACGGCUCUCCACUUGGAAGAGUACGCCACCGAAGGGUUGAGAACGUUGUGUAUCGCCCAGCGCGAGAUCGACCCCAAGUUCUUCGCUGACUGGACGCGCCGUAACCGCGAGGCCAACGCCCUGAUCGAAGAUAACCGCGACAUUCUCAUCGAGCAGAUUGCUGAUGAAGUCGAACAAAACUUCAUCCUUUUGGGCGGUACCGCCAUCGAAGAUCGCUUGCAACAAGGGGUUCCCGACUCGAUUGCCAUCUUGGGUAACGCGGGGAUCAAGAUGUGGGUGCUUACUGGCGACAGAGUGGAGACGGCCAUCAACAUCGGGUUCCUGUGUAACUUAUUGGAGAACGAUAUGAAGCUCCUUGUGGUAAGACCGACAGAGUCGCAGCUGCUCUAUGACAUCGAGACCCUCAUUGACCAGUACUUGGUGGAGAACUUUGGCAUCCAGGCCAACUCUGACGACGAGAUCACUCGUCUCAUCAAGGAGGCGAAGAAGGACCACCUGAUUCCCUCCAACCAGUUUGGCCUCGUCAUCGACGGUGCCGCGCUCACCCUCAUCUUUGCUAAAGGCGACGGCAAGAAGCCCGACCCUCACGCCGUCGCCGUUCAGCGGAAGUUCUUGCUUUUGGGCAAGCAGUGUAAGUCUGUACUCUGCUGUCGGGUGUCUCCGGCCCAGAAAGCCGCUGUCGUCCAGACGGUUAAGGACACGUUGGAGGUGAUGACCCUCGCCAUUGGUGAUGGCGCUAAUGACGUGGCGAUGAUCCAGGCGGCUAACGUCGGUGUCGGUAUUGCCGGUGAGGAAGGGCGCCAGGCGGUGAUGUCGCUGGACUACGCCAUCGGCCAGUUCCGGUUCUUGACGAGAUUGUUGCUUGUGCACGGGCGGUGGUCGUAUAAACGGUUGGCGGAAAUGGUCCCUUGUUUCUUCUACAAAAACGUUGUGUUUACCAUGACGCUUUUCUGGUACCAGAUCUACACCGACUUUGACGGGCUGUACUUGUACGAGUACACCUACCUUAUGUUCUACAACUUGGCGUUCACGUCAUUGCCGGUGAUCUUCUUGGCGAUCUUCGACCAGGACGUCUCCGACACGGUGCUGUUGCUUGUCCCCGAGUUGUUCCGCUCGGGGAUCCUCCAGAAGGACUGGCUGCAGUACAAGUUCAUCUGGUAUAUGAUCGACGGUGUCUACCAGUCGGUGAUCUCGUUCUACUGGCCGUACUUGAUCUUCUACAAGGCGUUCACUAACAUGGACGGGUUCUUCAUGGGCCACCGGUUCUGGAUGGGUGUCGUCUGUGCUUUGAUCACGGUGACGGUGUGUAACGUCUACGUGCUCCUCCAGCAGAAGCGCUGGGACUGGUUGUCGGUGCUUAUCAACGCCAUCUCCAUUCUCAUCGUCUUUUUCUGGUCCGGGGUGUGGUCGUGCCGGGUGGUCAUCGGCGAGUUCUACGGCGCCGCUUCCAACGUGUUGGGCAACUUGUCGUGCUGGUGUGCCUACUUCAUCUCCAUCGUGUGCUGUCUCUUGCCCCGGUUCACCUGGGACUUCCUCCGGGCCAACUUCGACCCCAGCGACGUCGAGAUUGUGCGUGAACAAAUGAAACAGGGCAAGUUCGACGACUACCCCACCGGGUAUGACCCCACCGACUUGGAGGACAUCGAACGGCGUAACUUGAUCACCAACAUCUACGAAAACAACCCGCACUUGUUGGACGACUUGGAAAAGGAAAUCGAGCAAAAGUACCCGCCGAGAGAACACCACCACAAGGUGACGCGGGCGAUGAGCACCCUCAAGCGGAAGACGACGCUGAACUUGAAACGCCACAAGGACCCUUCGCAAGGGUCGUUGAAGAAGAACUUGAACACCCAGUUCCACCACCCGUUGAGCAUCGACGAGUUGCGCACGCAAAUGAUUAGAGAGGGCGAGUUGACUCCCAACGCCUCGGUGCUGCGCGUGAGCACCACCCACGACAUCCCCGGGUUCCCGCAAGCGGAACUGCUCAUGAAGUACCACCUGGGUACCCUGCAGCGGGACAUCGUUUAA